GAAGGCGGCUUCGGGUGGAGAAGUAGGCUGUGCUAGUGUUUAUUGUUAAGGUUGUGUGGAUUAGCAUUGCGGUAUGCAUCUCAUUCUCUUGUUAUCAAUAAUAUCGUUUACGAGGGAGUUAAAGAUACGCGACGAGUUUAGAUUUAACCGGUAUUCAUGCGUGUAUUAUCGAACAUAAUAUAGACGUUGUUCUGCUCAGACAAGGGCCAAAUGCGGGCCAUUUUGUGUAGAGCUGGACUGACAUCUGCUGCUUCCGGUGGUGGGACGGAAUUCCAAAACUAGACCAGCAACAACAACAACAACAACAAAGGAUGGACUGGAUGAAGUGUAAGACUAUGCUCCAAAACUGAUCUGCAUCCAAGGAAUACCCUGACCUGUCAUGGCGAACUCGGUGGCCACUCUGGUGGUUCAGGCAGAACUCUUGGCUGCACAGUCCUCCGCCUCCCUCUCUCCUUUCCCAUCCCUCCUCGGCUCAGGCGAGGAUGACAGGGAGAGAGGGGACCUGGUGGAGGGCAACAAGGCUGUGCUGGACAACGUAGAGGUUGUUCUAGACAUGGAGGCGUCGUCUGAGUCGGCCCAGCAAGCAGAGCAGUCCGAGCAUCCCUUCCAGUGUCUGGACUGCGGCAAGAGCUUCAGGUGGUCGUCCCGGCUCACACACCACCAAAGGAGCCACAACAAUGAGAGACCCUACCGCUGCAACCUUUGUCCCAAGGCCUUUAAGGGCUCCUCUGCAUUACUCUAUCAUCAAAGGUCUCACUCAGGAGAGAAGCCUUACAAAUGUCAGGAUUGUGGCAAAGCCUUCAAGCGCUCCUCUCUUCUCCAGGUGCAUCAGAGUGUCCACACAGGAAUAAGAACAUUCUUGUGCCCAUAUUGCCCCCUGACUUUUAAAUGGAGUUCCCAUUACCAGUAUCACCUGCGCCAGCACACUGGCGAGUGCCCGUACCCGUGUGACACUUGCCCCAAGGCCUUCAAGAACUCUAGUAGUCUACGGCGACAUAAGAACGUCCAUCUGGGUCUCAAACCUUACACCUGCACUGUGUGCAACAAAUCCUUUACUCAGUCCACCAACUUGAGGCAGCACAUGAGGAUACACACGGGCGAGAGGCCCUACGUGUGCGGCGAGUGCGGACGAAGCUUCACGCACUCGUCCAACCUGGCGCUUCACAAGAACUCUCACGCCAACCCGGGCGCAGGUGGGAAGGAGGGCAAGAACGCAGAGGAUGCAGGGCGGGGGCGCGACCUGGUGGAGGUGGUGGUGGUGGGCUCGGAGGAAGAAGCCACAUCCAUGUUGACAGCCAUGGUGGGGUAUGUAAGCCAGGAAGGGAGUGAUGGAGUGGCAAUGGAAGAAGUCUUCCUGUCCACCUCGUCAUCCACCCAGAAGCCAAACCUGCUCCCCCAGCUCAGCCUCACCCCCUCGGGGGAGAGCAAAGGUGCAUCCCGAGCCAUCGGGACGGAGGUCCACCUGAGCACGGACACCGGUGCCAGUCUGCUGCUCUACAGCUGCGGCAGCUGCAACCACACUUUUGCUACGCGGACUGAACUUGAGGAGCACCAGUCCAUUCACAUGGCUCCAGAUGUACACUGCUCCGCCGGGGAAGUGGGACCAGGGGCGGCAGAGGUCGAGGUAGGGGAUAGCUUGGUGGGAGCCAGCCACCUGCUUGCUGGCUUUGAAGAGGUGGUAGAGACGACCGCAGCAGCUGAAAGUGGACAUACGGCCGAGGUGCUCCUUGGACUUACGGACCCAGCUGACGGAAACAAUUCAAGUGUGGGCGCCACCCAGUCCCAGUUUGACCUUCUACAGAGCUUCAGUAAGGUGAUUCAGAGCUCCAAGAGUGUUCAGCCAGAAGCUCCAACCACAUGGGUGGGGCUGUCAUGUGGCUACUGCAAUAAGUCCUUCAAGACCAGUGGAGGCCUCAAUAGACACGUGUCACUGAUGCACACCCUCUCGUCCCAGUCCCGUUCCCAGUUCAGCUGCUCCGCCUGCGACCGCUCCUUCCCCCUCCUGUCCUCGCUUCUCACCCACCAACACUCCCACACUCCCGAGCAACGUCUCCUGGCCGAGGCCGAAGCCGAAAUAGUGUGCCCCCCUUCCCUCUCCUUGUCCCUCCCGCUUCCCUCCUCUCCUGACAAGCAGCAGGAUGGCAAGAGGGAGAUUCUUGCCAGCGUUAUAGCCGUGUGCGAGGAGCAGGAGGAACUGCCUGUAAAACCGGCUAAAAACUCCAAAAAGGGUGGCGGGAGCAAAAACAUCACUGCUGGAGAGCGGCCGUAUCGCUGUUCAGAGUGCGGAAAGGCCUUCAAAGGUUCAUCGGGCCUCAAGUACCACAUGAGGGAUCACACUGGGGAGAGACCCUACCGCUGCACAGAGUGUGGAAAGAGUUUCAAGAGGUCCUCGCUGCUCUCCAUUCACCAGCGGGUGCACACAGGUGUGCGGGCAUUCCAGUGCCCUCACUGUGCUCUCACGUUCAAGUGGAGUUCACAUUACCAGUACCACCUGCGGCAGCACACAGGCGAGAGGCCAUACGUGUGUAAAGAGUGUGGCAAGUCCUUCAAGAACACCAGCUGCUUGCGUAGACACAGUCAGAUGCAUUCUGGACUGCGGCCUCACGUCUGCACCAUCUGUUCCAAAUCGUUCUCGCAGACAUCAAAUCUCAAACAGCAUGAACGCACCCACUCUGGCGAAAGACCCUUCCGGUGCUCACACUGCAACAAGUGCUUCACACACUCCUCCAACCUCCAGCUCCACCUUCGCACACAUUCUCCGCAGAAGGACUUCAAAUGCCCGUACUGCUCUAAAGAGUUCGUCAUGCACUCAUACUUGCAGAGGCACAUCCGGACGCACAGCAGUGCCCUCCCACUGCCCUCCUCCGAGGGCGCAGGUCAGGAUGGCGUGUCCGUUAAAGCCAGCGUCGGAGGGGUUACGACCACCACCAUGCUUUUCAACCCCAUCACCCUGGAAUCGUCAGGAAAAAACGGAAGUCUGAUCGUGUCCCAGCCGGCUCUCAACAUCCCUGUCAACACCUCUCAGAACUAUUUCAUGAUUCAGACGGCCAGCGGCUUGCAGCUCAUCCCCCUGUCAGCUCCCACACCACCAGCCCCUCCGCCACUGCCACCACCUCAAGCUCAGCCCCAGAACUUCUACCUGCUACAGUGCCCUUUGACCAAUGGCUCUCAGUCAAGUUUGAUUCUGGUCCCCACAGCCAGCCAACCUCCAGCAGCCCUGGAGCCUGCGAGCAUCCCCAUGUUUCAAACUCUGCAAGCAUUCAACAGCCGAACACACUCUCAGGUUACCCAGUUUCAGGCUAUGUCCCCACAACACCAGCAGACCCGCAUUAUAAUACCCAACAAUAAUACCAAUACAAACACCUCAGUCGCCUCCAUCCCAGCUGAUUCUUUACUCCGUAGGCCCAUUUUAGGGAAGAGCAACCGGACAGCAAGGGGCAGACGGGGACGCAAACCAAAAACAGCUCUUCAAAAAUCUGCUGAGACAGCGAGCAUGGAUGUGACUAACUGUAACACAGCCAGUGUGACACAGCUUGAUGGUACAACCACCAACUCGGGCUCAUCACUGUCUUGUGUCUCCAUCAUGUCUAACUGCACACUUCCACCGUCUGAUGCUCCUUUCCAAAGUCUCUCCUCUUCCAAUGUUGUAGCAUCCACCCCGGUCAAUUUAGAAUCCACACCAGCCAGUGUUUCUACAACUCCCAACAAUAACACCCAGAUGGAAUUGACCGAUAUGAAUUCGGCAGGGACCUUGCCCGAGAAGCAGUUUGUUUUGUGUUUCAACAAUGAAGGACACUCAAAGGAGGGGAUGAAUGUUGAUGAGGGAGGGGAGUCAUACGUGUUGCAGUUUGAAGAAAGGGAUGCCUCCUCUGAAGAGGCGGCGGGUGGAGGAUUGGGUGGGCAGGGGAAGUCGCUUGUGCUGCAAUUUGAGGCAAAUGCACAAGAUGGUGAGAACAAGGGGAGAGGUAAAGGUGGAAUGAUGUCACUUCUACAGGAGUGGGGUGGAGAGAAGGGAGGGGAGAGUCAAUCGGGAGAAGAGUGCGGCCAGGGGGGCUCCUUUGUCUUCCACUUUCACACUGAGGAACAGGAAGGCGAUCAAUCUCAAGCGGGCUUCAGCCAAGCGCACGGCAACAGCUUGCCACUUUCCUGCGCUUCUGCCCAAGGUUUGGUGCCCCUGCACGGUCAGGGUGUGGUGUUUGAAGUUGGCGAUGAGAGCAAGAUGGAACAAGAAACAGAGGAGGGUAUGCAGAUGAUAGCCUUGAUCGAACGUGAGGGGGGGGUGAUGGGAGAGGAUGGCGCUGGCUGCAGCAAUGCAACUGGUGCUGGAGGUAUCUUCCAACUGGAAGGGGGUGAUGAAAUUGUCAUCAUUGAGGUGAGCACAAGUAAUUUAAUAGAGGACAGAGUAGUCGAUGUGGACAUGUCACAGAGCAGCGAUGCGAAAUUUGAGGGUGAAAAUGAAGAUGUUAAGGAAAAGUCUUCCAAAGAAAACUGUGCAGAUGAUACAGAGGUCCAGACAUUAGAAGAACAUGCAAUAGGAAAUGGACAUUUACCUAAGAGAUGCACCACUCUUACUAAUUGAAGUAAACUACUCAGAACAAGUUAGGGGUUAUUGGGCUUUCAGGUCAAAUUUCAGGAUGUGCCUAAAAUGCACUGUAACCUUUACAGGUAAAGGCCAACUGUCCAAUGGUUGAGUACAACAACUUGCUGUUCUUUAACAAGGAGCUGAAUGGCAAAAUUCACAACAAUUGUUUGAUCCAUGAAUCAACCAAUACAUUUCCUGGUUUACCGUAAUUAGAAUUUGUACCUAAUAACUGAUCAACUGUACUUCGCCAUUGCGAAGCUUCAAUUAGUGGCCCCUGAGCUUAACUCAUUCAGUGCCAGCCCUCCCAGUUAACAUGGAUAUUUGACUUCUAAAGCAGUCAGUGGCACUGAAGGUGUUAAGAGUGUCAUCAGUUGGUUACAACAGAGUUAAAGAAAGACUGGAAGCGUUACAGAAAGCCAUAAACGUAGACGUCUUUGGACAUUUUCAUUCAUUCAUUCAUUUGCCGUACCGCUUAUACUCACUUUUUAAAUAAAAAACAUUGGUUGUGAAUUUUGCUUUGCAUCUUCUUGUUAGAGACCAGCAAGUACUGACGGAUCUUAGACAUAUGCAUUCAUAAGUUUAAAAGAAGGUCAAAUUAAGUUAAAGGUUGUAGUGCAUUUAAAGUUACUAUUGAAAUUUCACCCGGAAGCCCAAUGGCCCUAAGUUUUUGUGAGAAACAUACAUGCUAAGUUGAAGAUGUAAUAACUGUGUGUCAGUGAAAGGAUGGACAGGCACCUCAUUUAACUAGCACUUUACAUUCAAUCUCCUGGAACUGAUGGCAUGUAGUUAGGGGGGGGGGGAAGUGUUGUAAUGCCAUGUUGCCACAUAUUAGAAAUGUUAUACAUUCAAAUAGGCUGGGCAUGAACUUUUGAAUAGUCCUUAAUAUAUUAGUUAAAAUGACACUGUCAGAGGCAGUCAAUGUAUUGUUGAAAUAUGUUUUUGUGAAUAUAUGUAAAUGUUCAAUUUAUUCAUAAUAAUAGUAUCUUAAUAAUAAAUGUCUUCAUGAGUUUAUAUCAUGUAUGAGUUGGGCUUCUUUUACUGUUUAGUUUUUUGGUUUUCAACUACAUACUGGAUGUGAACACACCCGUCGCCAUUGGGCUCAGGUGUCAAACUAGUGGCCCGGGGGCCAGAUCCGGCCGGCCACAUCAUUUUAUGUGGCCCAC